AUGCGUGUGCCUGGCCCCGCCCCUACGCUGCUAUUGGUGCUGCUGGUGACGGGCGGGGUGUUGUUGGAGGGGUCUGUUGCUGCGGAUACGGGCAAUGACGAGGCCGAGCGGAUGCUGCGCUUCACGGCGGACCACUAUGAGGUCAGCGUGUUUGAGAACUCUCCGGCCCGCACCUACGUCAGCGUUACCCCGGCGACAGCCUCCGCGACCUCUGACCCCCGCAUGGGCGUGGCCUUGCUGCGGCGCUCCUGGGAGCCGAGGUUCCGCGUCACCGGGGGCAACGGGGAGGGACUGUUCCGGGCGGAGGAGACGCGAAUAGGAGACUUCUGCUUCCUCAGGCUCCGCCUCCGUGGGGGAGGGGCUGCCAUCUUGAAUAGAGAGGUGUGUGAGCGGUACGAGUUGAAGGUCAGGGCGACCCUGAAAGGUCAUGACCUGGAGGCCACCACUGUCGUCACGGUGUCCGUUCUGGACCGUAAUGACCUCCGACCCCUCUUCUCCCCAACGACCUACUCCGCACGGAUACCAGAAGACACGCCCCCCAGGAGUAGCAUAGCACAGGUGACUGCCACGGAUGCGGACGCGGGUUCCAAUGGGCAGUUCUACUAUUUCCUGCUGCGGAAGUCUCAGCUGUUUGCUGUUGCGCCCUCUAGUGGCGUUCUCACGUUAACGCGGCCCAUAGAGGGGGUAUGGCCAGAACAGGAAGGGGCGGAGAUUAUAGAUGACGUGCUCACACUGGAGGUGGGUGCUAUAGAUCGUGGUUUGAAGCUGUAUGGCCAUAACGGCGUGUCGUCGACGGCGCGCGUUUUACUUCACUUGGACACGCCCACCAAUCGCCACGCCCCCCUCAUCACCGCGGCAACCAUACAGCCAAGCGAUGACGACCCCGCCCACUCCCAGACGGUCGCCAUAAUAACGGUAACUGACGAGGACAGCGGAUUGGCCGGCCAGAUUGGGGAGGCGUGGCUAGUCGGACGCUCAGCCAACCAGGAGCUGCAGUUCGCCCUCCUGGUGUCUUCGGGCUUCAUCUGGCCCCCUGCUGGCGUCUCGGUGACACUGCAGGCUCGCGAUCGCGGGGACCCGCCCCUAACUUCUCAGCCAAUCAGCAUCCAGCUAGAGGCCCCGCUGCCUGGCAACGCGGCCCUGACGACGCCGCGUUUCCCUGACGACGGUUACCGUGUGAGCGUGAGCGAGCUGGCGCCGCCCGGAACUCUGCUGCUGUCAAUCACCCUAACCCCGCCCCUAGAAUACCCCCACUACACUCUCUCACAGGCGCCACCAGGCCUCUUCUCCAUUGGUUCAGAGUCCGGCGUGCUGGCCACAGCGGAUUGGCUGACAGGUCUGGGAGCAGAGUUUAGUCUGGAAGUGACAGAGAGCAGCUCGGGAGCCAAGGUGACGGUUGCCGUGACGCUGUUGGAUGAAAAUGACCACGCCCCCGUCUUCAGCCGGCUCUCCUAUGAGGCGGUCGUCAACGAGAGCGUUGCCAUAGGAACCACAGUGCUGUUGUUAAGCGCCAGCGAUGACGACCAGGGGGAGAAUGGAUACAUCACAUACAGCCUGGAGGCAGGGCCUGGCCAGGGGGCGGUGCCCUUUGCCAUCAAUCAGUUCUCGGGUGCCGUGACGACGUCGGGGAGGUUGGACUUCGAGCGUCAGUCUGAGUUCCGUCUGGCGGCGAGAGCGUCUGAUUGGGGUUUCCCCGAGCGAAGAGAGGCGAGGGCCACCGUACGCAUCACCGUGCUAAACACCAAUGACGAGCCGCCUGUGUGGGGUAGGCGGGGCUGCAGCCUCGUAGUCCCGCCCCUGUGGCCCAUAGACACGCCCCUUGUGACGCUAAGCGCCCUGGACCCUGACGACCGACACACGCCAAUCAAAUACAGCAUCGUCCAAUCGGAUGAGGGCACGGCAGGCCUCUUCCUGUUACAGCCCGACACGGGACUCCUCCUACUGACACGCCCCUUAGCAACAGGCCACACCUACACCCUCCGCAUCACCGCUACCGACGGCGACCACGCCUCCGACCCCAUGACCCUCAACGUCACCGUAGCAACGAACCCUGCCACCCCAGACACGCCUACUCUCAGUUGCCAGGAGACGCAGCUGGCCCAGCGAUUGGCCGAGAAGCUGUCUCGCGGGCAACACAGGCAGGAAGUGGAAGAGGAGGGGCUACGGGGCAUCUCAGCCAACCAGGCGGCAGGGGAGGGGCUUAUGGACCUCUUCUCAGCCAAUAGGCACGCGCCUCGCUUCCUGGACGUCCCGGAAACCAUCUGGGUCCCCGAAGACACACCUGUGGGGACACGAAUACUGCAGCUACAGGUCUCUGAUGAAGACGCGGGUCUCGGCGGUCAGCUCUUGUAUUCCAUCGCCGGGGGCAACACGGACGGCUGCCUGACGGUGGGCAUGCGCAGCGGUGACAUCACAGUUUUCCGACCAAUGGACCGCGAGCGCAGGCCGCAUUACCAUGUCAACGUGACGGUGUACGACCAGGGCUCGCCCCGGCGUGGUGCUUGGACCCUCAUCGCCGUGGUUGUCACGGAUACCAACGACAACACACCGCACUUCCUCAACACACACACCUACCACACACACGUGGCGGAGAAUGCAGCUAUGGGAACUCAGGUGUUUCAGGUGUCUGCUGUGGAUGCUGACGAGGGUCUAAAUGCCGCAGUUCAGUACUCCCUCCUCAGUGAGGCGCCGUUCGCCAUCAACUCCUCGACGGGACUCAUCUUCGUGAUUGGCCAGCUGGAUCGCGAAGCCACGCCCACCUACUACCUGCGCGUGGAGGCACGAGACUCCGCCCCCGAGCGCCAAGCACAACGAGUCGCCACGGCAAGGGUGGAGGUGACUGUAACGGAUGUGAAUGACGUGGCCCCGGUGCUGGUUCCUCCCCGUGUGCGUGUGCGCGUGCCUGAGGACCUGCCACUAGGGGCGCUAGUGAGCUGGCCGCACGCCACCGACCCGGACGAGGGAGCGGGAAGCCAGCUGACCUUCGACCUCUCCAGCGAUCACAACGACACCUUCACCAUCGACACACACACGGGCGCCGUGAGGCUAAACACACCGCUCGACUACGAGACGCAGCAGGUCUACAACAUCACCAUCCGUGUGUGUGACGGAGGUGUUCCGGUCUCCUUGGUAACGGAGGGCUGGCUGGAGGUGGAGGUGUUGGAUGUGGAUGAGAACCGAUUCGCUCCCGAGUUCCCAGCCAUCGCCCUCAUUGGUCAAGUGGCAGAGGGGGGCGGGCCGGGGGGUGUGUCCGUCAUGAAGGUGACGGCGCGCGAUGACGACACCGGACGAGACGGACAGGUGGAGUAUUCCAUCCGUGGGGGGAGUGGCCUGGGAUACUUCAAUAUUGAUCAGGAAACAGGAGUCAUCUCCACCAAUGACGUUCUUGAUCGGGAAACGCAGGACUCUUAUUGGCUCGUUGUCUACGCCACUGACAUGGCCGUCGUCCCCAAGUCUGCAGUGGUGCACGUCUACAUACAGGUUGAGGAUGUGAAUGAUAACGCCCCCUUGACGUCGGAGGUGAUGUAUCACGCCACGGUGCCGGAGAAUUCGCCGAGAGACCUGUCAAUCAUUCAAAUCUCUGCCCAAGAUCCUGACGCCCCGCCCACCAACCCGGCAAGCCCCGCCUUCACAUUCCGCAUCGCUGCCGGCAACGCUCGCAACAACUUCAACAUCCAUCCACACACAGGUCUCAUCACGACUACAUCAAAGAAGUUGGAUAGAGAGCAGCAAGCUGAACAUUUCCUAGAGGUGGUGGUCUCGGACGGUACCCACCAGGCGCUGGUGUGUGUGUGUGUGUCGGUGUCGGACGUGAAUGAUAAUGCCCCUGUCUUCCUGGAGAAGGUGUUUCAUGCGCGUGUGCCGGAGCGGGGCCGCAUGUCAGCCGUGACUCGUGUUCUGGCUCGCGACCGUGACGACGGGGCCAAUGCGGCCAUCACGUACGCGGUAACCGACGGUAACCAGCACGCAAGGUUCCACAUCCACCCCAAGACGGGUCAGGUGACCGCACGCAAGACCGCCCCCGCCGGGACCUACGACAUACUCACUAUCAAGGCUGUAGAUGGGGGCCGUCCUGCUCGGUGGGCGUCGGCUAGGCUGCACGUCGAGUGGGUGGAGCCAGCAGCGUCUGACUCCGCCUCUCUGGAGUUCUCAGCGGAGCUCUACAACUUCAGUGUCGUGGAAACGGAACGCGUGGGAGAGAUAGUGGGCGUGGUCUCACUCAAGAACAGCCAACACGGCCCUGUGUGGUUCGAGAUCACUGAGGGUGAUGAGGAGGGUGUGUUCGCGGUGGACCGGGCGGUUGGAACCAUCGUCACCACGCGAGGCCUUGAUGCGGAAACACACACACACUACAACCUCACCCUUCAGGCCAGCGACGGGACACACACCACACACACACAGGUGCUAGUUAGCGUGCUAGAUGCCAACGACAGCCCCCCGCUCUUCGUCCAAUCGGUGUUUGACGUCGUGGUGACGGAGGACACGCCCCCGGGGGCGGAGCUACUGCGGGUUGCCGCGAGCGACCGUGACCAGCACGGGCUGACCUAUGACCUCCAGGGCAGCGUGGACCCCGCCAGCCGAGAGCUGUUCCGCAUCGACACACACACGGGCGCCAUACACACCACACACACACUGGACCACGAGAGCAACACGCAACACGUCCUCACUGUCAUGGUGAAGGAGUCUGUGUUUCCGUUCCGCAAGUCUCUGUGCCGCGUGCUGAUUGGUGUAGAGGAUGUGAAUGACCACGCCCCCCUCUUCACCAUGGCAACCUACGAGGGGCGUGUCUUUGAAUCAGCUGCUGUUGGCUCCGCCUUCCUCACUGUCACGGCAACUGACAAAGACCGCGGACUCAACGCACACACACUCUACAGCAUCGAGUCAGGUAACACUGGCGGUGCGUUCAGCAUCGACCCGGUUCUGGGUGCGCUCAGUGUGGCCCGGCCGCUGGACUCCUCUGUGAUUGGUCGGUACGUGCUGUCAGUCAGGGCCACAGACGCCGGGGCCCCGCCUCUCUCCUCCACAGCCGACGUACUGGUGUCCGUGACGAUGUCAGACAACGCUCCGCCCCGCUUCCCUCUUGCACUAUACCAGGCCACGUUGAGUGAGGGCGUUCCCGUGGGCACCUCGGUCGUCACGGUAACGGCCCUGAGCCGUUCCUCUCUGACCUAUCGGCUGUCAGGACCCGCCUCUUCCUCCUUCAGCAUCGACCAAUACAGCGGCAGCAUUGUCACGCGAGGGCCAAUCGACUUCGAGCAGAGGCGGGCCUUCAGCCUGACGGUGGUGGCGGCCGACGUGGUUGGUCGAGAGGCCGUCUCCACGGUGACCGUCACUGUGCUGGACGUCAACGACAACGCGCCUCACUUCCUGGUCAGCCGUUACCGAGGCAACGUGAGCGAGGGGGCUGCGCCCGGAACACUGGUGAGCGAUGGCCAAUCAGGCGGGCCGCUGCUGCUCUUGGCCAAUGAUGCGGACUCAGAGCAGAACGGCAACGGGCAGCUGGCCUAUGAGAUUGCGGACGAGAAGGCCCGCCCCUUUUUCACAGUCGACAUGGCAACAGGAGCCCUCCGCACCACCGCCCAACUCGACCACGAAGACACACCCACACACACCUUCCAGGUGAGCGUGCGUGAUCGCGGUCGCCCGUCUCGCUGGGGGGGUUUGGCCUGGGUGACAGUAGACGUCCUGGAUGAGAAUGACACGCCCCCUUCCUUCAGCCAACCAGAGUACAGCGCCUUGCUGCUACUGCCCACCUAUCAGGGAGUAGAGAUCAUCACUCUGCCCGCCCACGACCCCGAUACCCACCAAUCACAGCUCAGAUUCAGCCUGACUGACGGCAACGGAGGCGGGCGCUGGGCCAUCGGGCAGGAGACAGGGGUCCUGAGCGUGCAGAAUGCGAGUGGCUGGGAGGCGGGGCUUCAGCGCUUGGGCGUGGCCGUGAGUGACGGGCGCUUCUCCAGCUCCGCCCAAGUGACGGUUGCCGUGCAACAGGCCCAGGGAGGGGCGGAGCUUCGCUUUUCGGAGGCAGAGUUUGUUGCCACAGUGGCAGAAAACAAGGCGGGGCCUCAGCUGGUUAGCGUGGUGACAGCAGUGGGCGGCAAGCUGAACGAGCCAAUCAGGUUCUCCCUCCUCAAUGGAGGAGGGCUCUUCACCAUAGGCUACACCUCUGGCGCCGUCGAAACCAAAGUGGGCGUCGCCCUGGACAGAGAAGAGAGGGCUGAACAUCGGUUGGUGGUGCAGGUGUCUCGUGUGGGAGAUCCCCUUCGCGUUGCCCGGGCGACGGUUCACAUCACGGUAACCGAUGACAACGACAACACGCCUCUCUUUGUCGGCCUGCCUUACUACGCUGCUGUGCAGGUGGACUCCGCUCCCGGUGCGGUGGUGUGUGUGGUGUCGGCUGUUGAUUUGGAUUCGGGUCCAAAUGGAGACGUCAGUUACUUCCUGUCCGAGGAGAGUAGUCCCGCCCCCUUCCUGAUGGACGCGGAGAGCGGCCAAUUGAAACUCAGCAGGCCCUUUGAGCCCGACCUGUCCAACGCCGAGUACCAGGUGGUGGUGUUUGCGCGUGACCAUGGCGUGCCUCCUCUCUCCUCCUCGGUGAGUUUCUCGGUUGCCGUGGUGAAUCGAGCGAUGCCCGUCUUCGACAAAGCCUUCUACAGCGUCAGGGUCAGUGAGGACGUGCCUGUGUCCACUCCCAUUCUGGGCAUCAACGCCAGUUGUCCGGAGGGCCAGAGAGUUCUAUACACACUCACACACACACACACACACCCGCGCGCUCACACACACACGCGACCCGCCCCCACGGCCAUCGAUGCCCCGCCUCUUUUCUCCAUCGGCUUCGAGACGGGCGUGGUGAGCGUCGCAGCGCCAUUGGACCAUGAGACAAGCCCCUCCCACCGACUGGUUGUCCGGGCAACAGCGGGCGUGUCUGGAGCGCAUGCGGAGGUGGAGCUAGAGGUUACCGUGGGAGACGUCAACGACAACACGCCAACAUUCCGGAACCCCAACCCUCGCGCACGCGUCCCUGAGAACGCCAUGAUAGGAACACCUGUCAUACAGGUGUCUGCAGUUGACCUGGACUCUGAUAAGAACGGUGUGGUGCGCUACCAGUUGCUACCAGACGGGGGCGAUGGUGAGGACUGGUUCCACCUGGACGCUGUGUCGGGUCUUCUCCUGACUGCGCGGCGUCUGGACCGCGAGCGCGUGUCUCGCGUGCGUCUGCGCGUGCGUGCGAGCGACCAGGGCUUCCCCGUGCCGCGCGUUGCCACGGCGACCGUCUCCAUAGAGAUCGGGGACGUGAACGACAACGCGCCGGCGUUCGGUCAGCUGCUGUACGAGGCACGCGUCACAGAGGGGGCGUCGCCCGGGCAACCAAUCACACGCGUCCUCGCCUCAGACGCCGACCAGCAGGACACGCCCCUUAGAUACGCCCUGCUGCCGGGGGAGGGGCGGGGGCUGUUUAGACUCCACCCCCUCACCGGAGUUCUCACACUCGGGGAUGAGUGGCCCAGCACACCUGGCACAGGUGCGCGUGUCUCCUCGGACGUCUUCUCCCUGGACGUGAGUGUGUCUGACGGCGUGUUGACAGGCGCUGCGCAGGUGCACGUCUUUGUGGAGCGCGUCAACACACACUCACCCGUCUUCUCUCACUCCGUUUACGAGGCCACCGUGACCGAGAACAGCAGCCCAGGGUCAAAGGUCAUCACCGUCAGGGCAACAGACAACGACCCCGGACUCCUCGGACAGGUAACCUACCGGCUGCUCGGGGACGUGGCCCGGUCCUGGCUGAGUGUCCAUCCCUCCUCCGGCCUGGUUACCACGGCGGCGCGUCUGGACCGGGAGCUGCUAGGAGACCAGCUGGAGGCGGGGCUGGUUGCCGAGGACGGCGGCGGUCGCCAUGGUUACUGCGUCCUGCGAAUCAGUAUCCUGGAUGUCAACGACAACACGCCGCACUUCAGAGCAGCCGAGUACAGAGUCAGCAUCAGCGCACACACACCAGCUGCCUCUCUACUCACACAGGUGGUUGCUACAGACGCGGACUCGGGUGCUAACGCCCGAUUGGCCUACAGUCUGUACAGCGAGGCCAGCCAGCCAAUCACGGCUCUGCUGGACAUCGACACCGACAGUGGUUGGCUGGUGGUGCGUUCGGGGGCAGGCCUUAGGGCCCACGAGGGGCGUGUCUUGUCCUUCUUUGUGAAGGCAGCGGACGCCGGAUCUCCAGCCAAUCACGCGCUAGUACCAGUAUACGUACACGUGCUGGGACACACCCCCCCUAACCUACGCUUCCAACAACCACAGUACUCCUUCUCCGUUCCAGAGGACACGCCCAUCGGCUCCAUAGUGGGCGUGGUCAAACUACAGUCCCCGCCUCCCGGAGUGCAGUUGAGCGUUUCAAUUGGCCAGACGGAAGAGAGCAACAGCGAGGGCUUAUUUGUGAUUGGUCCGGACGGUGGUGUGAACGGGCUCCUUGUGUAUUCCAUCGUGGCCGGCGACCGCGAGAAGCAGUUUGUCAUCGACCCAAUGACCGGCCAGAUCCAACUCAACAAGGAAGUGGACAGAGAGACCGUGAUGUCCUACCAGCUGAGUGUGGGUGCUCGUGAUUCAGGUUCGCCACCUCUCUCCUCGACUGCGAUCGUCAAAAUCGAGAUCUCAGACAUCAACGAUAACGCCCCCACCUUCACACUGACCAACCACAGCGCAGUAAUACAGGAGAAUGCUCCGGUCGGUUCCAGUAUUCUUCAGCUGUCCGUCACAGAUCGUGACUCCUCCCCCAACGGAGCUCCCUUCCUGUUUCUCAUCCAAUCAGGGAACGAGGGGAAGGAGUUUCACCUGGACAAGGAGGAGGGGCUACUGAGUUCCAAUCAGAUCUUCAGGAGAGACGUAGCAACCGAGUACACCUUACACAUCCAGGUGUGGGACUCUGGGCGGCCAUCUUUGUCGUCGGGGACGACCGUCGUGGUGCGAGUCAUUGAGGAGAGCGUGCACCCCCCCUCCGCCCUGCCACUCAAGGUGCACAUUGUGGCCAUGGAGGAUGAGUUUCCAGGAGGAGUGAUUGGCCAAAUCCAGGCGACUGACAGUGACACUUUUGACGUCCUAACAUUUGGCCACGCCCACCAACACAACAGCCUCUUUAAGGUGAGUCCUCAGGAUGGGCGUGUGUUGGCGCUGAGUGGGCUGGACGUGGGCACCUACUCUCUCAACGUCACGGUGAGUGAUGGGCGGUUCUCGGUGGGCGUUCCCGUGAGCGUGCACGUGGAGGGAGUCUCACCUGAGAUGCUCCUGCAGGCCGUGACUUUGCGUUUCGAUCGCGUGGCUCCGCCCACCUUCUUGCUCCGCCUCCCUGAACUGCGACUGCGAUUGGCUGCUGCCAUGGCGACGGCCCGCCCCCAGCUUCUGCACGUGCUCAGUCUGCAGCCGGUGGAGACGGGUCAGCUGGACCUGCUGGUCGCCGUGGAAACGCCAGACGGAGGAUUCUACAAGGCGGCCUACGUAGCGCAGAAACUAGCGGCCGCGCGCAGAACACUCGACCAGGUAUUACGUGUGUCUGCUAUCCUUGAUAAGAACUGCUCCUCUCUGGACUGUCGUGAGGCGGCGUGUGAACAGCGUUUGGAGUUGGACUCCCACGACAUGCUCACACACAGCACCCACACACUCACACACACACUCUCAUACGUCACGCCUCGCUUCCUCAGACACACACGCUGCGUCUGCACAGAGGGUGUGUGCGUGGGAGAGGUGGGUGCGAGUGUGUGUGAGGGUGUGUGUCCUCAAGAUAUGAGGUGUGUGUCUUCUCCGGGGUCGUCUGAUUUCAGCUGCCAGUGUCCACCGGGAAAACAGGAGUGUGCAGGCCACUCCUCGUUGAGUUUUAGUGGCAGCAGCUUCAUCCAAUACGGCGUCUCGGAGAGCGUGGGGGGCGGGACCAUGCGUGUCAGCCUGCGAAUCAGAACGCUGCAGAGUUGGGGCAUCAUCAUGUACACACACACACACGCCUGCACACAGCUCAAGCUGGAGCAGGGUGAGUUGUGGUUUCAGGUGGACUGUGGCGGCAGUAGUGGGCUGCCUGACCUGGGCAUAUCCGGUCGACCAAUCAACGACGGGCGUUGGCAUCACGUGACCGUGGAGCUCCGCCUGAACCACAGCAGCCUCUCAUUGGACGACAGUUACGUGGAGCAGAGGCGGGGCCGGACGCUGAAGCCACUCCCCCCUGGCCCUGACUCCUAUUGGCUACUGGUGUUUGGGGCGGGGCCGGAUGUAGAUGUGGGUGUGGCCAGAGGGCUGCAGGAGAGGCGUGAUAGGCUGGCUGGACUGGAGGAGAGACGUGAUAGGCGGCCGGCCAGCCUGACCCCACCCGUCGGGGCGGGGCCUGUGACAUCAUCAGGGGCGGGCUUUCAGGGCUGUCUGGACGCUCUCCAGUUAAACGGUGUGGAGCUCCCCCUUCAGGACAAGAGAAGCGUAGCGGCUCGCGUCUUGAGACACGCCCACCUGACUCUGGGCUGCUCAUUGGCUCCCGACGCCUGUCAAUCACAGCCCUGUCGCAACGGGGGAACAUGCAGUAGCCAACCAGGAGGAGGUUUCUGGUGUAGCUGUGGUGUGUUCUUCACGGGUGCUCAGUGUGAGACGGAGCUGAGUGUGUGUGUGCCGAACCCCUGUAAGAACGCUGGCCAGUGCCGGGCGCUAGGCAACGCCUUUCUCUGCAGCUGUAGAAGAGGAUACACAGGACUCACAUGUGAAGAGGAUGUCAACGAGUGCGAGGGGGAGGAGUGUGAGAAUGGGGGCGUGUGCGUCAACACCUUCGGUUCCUUCUUCUGUAACUGCUCCUCCGGAUUCGUUGGCCGGCUCUGCAGGCUCCGCCCAGUCCUCGUACCUGACAUGCAGGCUGGCCCCGCCUACCUGGGCAGGGAGGAGCUUAUCGGCAUGGCGACGGUGCUGUCCCUCAUCCUGCUGCUGGUGCUCCUAUUCGUCGGCCUGAGGAAGCGCGUCGUGUUCCGCAAGAGUCCGUCCCGAUUGGCCCUCGACCCUGCGGCCGCCGCCCUCCUGCACAAGGCCAACGGAGCGUUCCCGCCGCCGCACACACACUCGCACACACACACGCUGCCGCACACACACUCGUCCACCGUCUUCCCCGAGGGGGGGCCCCCCUUGCCCCCCCAGGUGCCCGUGCGACCCAUGGCCUACACGCCCUGUUUCCAGGGCAACGAGGCGUUGUCGUCGCGAGGGGGUCUGGCCGGAGCCGGUGCUGGGGGGGAGGGGCUUGAGAUGAGUUCCUUCCUGCCCACCACAGAGCCGUCGCCGCGGAUACUGGGCGGAGUCGGAGUGGGAAGCGGAACGUUGAGGCGGGGCGUGGUGGUGUGUAGUGUGGCGCCCACACACACCCUCACACACACGCACACAGGGAGUGUGUCUGAGGUGCAGUCUCUCAGCUCCUUCCAGUCCGACUCUGCUGACGACAACGUGUACCACUGGGACACGUCUGAUUGGAUGCCGGCGUCGCGCCUGCCAGACAUCGAGGAGGUCUCAGCCUAUGAGAACACAGAGAGCUGUGUUGCCAUGCCCACAGGGGCGGAGCUAGAGACCGACUACUACCUGGGCGGGGCCUAUGACAUCGACGAGAGCCCGCCCCCGCAGGGGGAGGAGCUACAGGAACUCUCUCCACCAAUCAGCAGUGGCGGUGAGCAACCGGGCUCGGCCAAUACCACGCUGAGUAGAGGCCAGAAGGCCCGCCCCCAGUUCCACCCCAGCCAAUACCUGCCCCCGCACCAGCUGCCACUCACAGACCCAGCAAAUCACGACACAGAGGAGGGGGAACAGCAGCUGUCAAUCAUCCCAGACUCCGCCUCCAAGCUGUCAAUCAACACUAACUCCGCCUCCGACCUCUCCACGCCCUGUUGCUAUGGCGACUCAGAGACUGACAGCCUGGAGGAGAUGCAACAGCAGACUGAAGUCUGA